GAUGCGUGCCGAGUGUGAAGUGUGUGAGUGCCCGAGGAGUGAUGUCAGUGGCGGACAGAAAUGCGCCCGCAGACGAAAGGAAACCAGCUUAUUGCGAAGAUAGCACGGACAGUGAUAAUGAUACGGAGAGGAAACCUUUAUUGCGGCGGAUUUCGACAAGCAAAUGCGUCGGUCGACUGCCCGUGGUCAAGGAGGGGUACCUGAUGAAGCAGACGCGCUUCCAGCGAUGGCAGCGCCGCUACUUCCGCCUGCGCGGGCGCACGCUCUACUACGCCAAAGAUAAAGACGAUUUGAAACUGCAACUUCACAUUUGA